ACCAGCUUUUGUGUAUCAAAAGAUAUCGUACUGUUCGAAACCAAUGGUCAUCACUCCUGCCACUCCACACCCCAAGAUAACAAACCAUCUCGUUAUCGGAUCCCGAUCGGAAACCCGAAUCGGGUCCCGACUCCGACCCGGAACUCGCCGAGCAAUGCUCUCCGCGAUGGCCACGCCUUCUUCUCUCUCCGACGCUCCUUUUUCCGUUCGCGACAGUCUCAUCUUCCUCAAAAACGGGUCGAACCGCCGGCAACCCGCCCGGUUCGCCGCACCCGGUGUUUCAAAUGUGUACGCACUCCGCCGGUUGUCCGGUUCAUCGUUACGCGUAGCCGCCGCCGCCGCCGCUGCGGCUUCCACAGACGAGCAGCCUAGUUCUUCAGCUCGCGAAAUCGAGAAUGUGGUAAUUAUAGGAUCGGGGCCUGCAGGGUACACGGCAGCAAUAUAUGCUGCUCGAGCGAACUUAAAGCCUGUAGUGUUCGAGGGAUAUCAAGUAGGUGGUGUUCCUGGAGGUCAAUUGAUGACCACUACUGAAGUGGAGAACUUCCCCGGUUUUCCGGAUGGAAUAACUGGUCCAGACUUAAUGGAUAGAAUGCGACGACAAGCUGAGCGUUGGGGAGCAGAGUUAUUUCAAGAAGAUGUAGAAUUCGUCGAUGUGAAAAACAGACCUUUUACCGUGCAAAGUAGUGACCGUAAGGUAAAGUGCCACAGUAUUAUAUAUGCUACAGGAGCCACCGCAAAGAGGCUGAAACUGCCUCGAGAAGAUGAAUUCUGGAGCAGAGGAAUAAGUGCUUGUGCGAUAUGUGACGGAGCAUCACCUUUGUUUAAGCGUCAAAUCCUAGCUGUCGUUGGAGGAGGUGACACGGCUACAGAGGAAGCACUGUACUUGACUAAAUACGCUCGCCAUGUUCAUUUACUUGUCCGUAGGGACCAAUUAAGGGCAUCAAAAGCAAUGCAAGACAGAGUUUUCAACAACCCGAACGUUACAGUCCAUUUCAAUACCGAAGUGGUGGAUGUUGUCAGCAACACAAAGGGGCAGAUGUCGGGCAUUUCGGUCAGAAACCUCGAUACUAAACAGGAAUCGGUUAUUGAAGUAAAAGGCUUGUUUUACGGGAUAGGACAUUCUCCGAAUAGUCAACUGUUGGAAGGACAAGUUGACCUCGAUUCCUCGGGCUAUGUUUUGGUCGAGGAGGGCUCUGCAAACACUUCGGUUGAGGGUGUAUUUGCUGCUGGAGAUGUUCAGGAUCAUGAAUGGAGGCAAGCCAUAACUGCAGCUGGAUCAGGAUGUGUAGCAGCGUUAUCGGUUGAAAGAUAUCUUACGAGCAGAAAUCUGUUGAUUGAAUUUCAUCAGCCUGCUACUGAAGAGGUUAAGAAAGAGCUUACCGACAAAGAUGUGCACGAAGGUUUUGAUAUCACUCUCACAAAGCACAGAGGGCAGUACGCUCUAAGGAAGUUGUACCAUGAAAGUCCGAGACUCAUAUGUAUACUAUAUACGUCGCCCACGUGCGGUCCUUGUAGGACUUUGAAACCGAUUCUUAGCAAGGUAAUAGACGAGUACGACCAGAAUGUCCAUUUUGUUGAGGUGGACAUUGAGGAAGAUCCCGAGAUUGCCGAGGCUGCCGGAAUCAUGGGGACACCUUGCGUACAGUUUUUCAAAAAUAAAGAAAUGCUCAGGACAAUGUCGGGAGUCAAAAUGAAGAAAGAGUACAGAGAAUUCAUCGACUCAAACAAAUGAGACGCACACAAAACCAAGCAUGGAGUGAUUUGUUUCGCCAUGAUAUUAUUUUGCAAUUCAAUUUUGAUACCCUAUGUAUUAUUCGACCACCGAUAUCAGAUUGUACAUUCAUAAUAAAUCUUAAAAGUUUGCACGUUA